AUGGCAUAUGCAGUUGCAGUAUUUGGGGUGAAAUCCUUCAUUUAUGGAAUAGUAGCUGAAAACAAAAAGUUACAGCCUCCAUCUGGAAAUCCACAAAUUUCCACAGGAGGUGAUCACAUUAUUUGCAAGUAUCCAUCCGACCCAACUGUUGUUCUAGGCUUCUUAUCUGUUGCAUCACUUGCUGUAUCAGUGCUGGUUGGACACUUUUCUGUUUUUUAUCCUUACAAUGGAAAAUCUGUUCCUCGUUAUGUUUUCUUCCGAAGCAUGACAUUCUUCGUAUUCUUCCUAGUCACUUCUUAUUUAAGGCUGUUGUUUGUAAAUGGAACCAGGGCACUCUCCAUGUUGGCUGCAGGGAUGUUAUUUUGGGUGACGAUCACUGAGCUCCUUCAUUUAGCUGACAAUGUUCAUCAAGACAUGAACACAACAUGCCCCACUGCCCAGAGCGGUCUCUUUGGUGGUGCUGCGUUCCUAGCCCUGAGUGCUUCUCUCUUCUGGUUGAUCUGCCUCAUGCUAGCUGAUGAUGUCAGAACAGAGUACUUUGAGGAACAAGAGGACCGGCAAGCUGAGGCUUUCACAACAGACUAUUACGCCAAGCAGCAAGGCGAGGUUUGA